UUAAAACUUUGAUUACGUGUUAAAUAAUGAAAAAUUGUUUUUUAUAAAACGUUGCGUCACCAUAUCUUUCAAAAAUUUCUGUUCAAUAACUUGACGUAUAACUUAAAUUUAUUAUAAAUAGUCAAUUAAAAUAAACAGCUAUGAAGUAUUUUGAAAAUAUAACAAAUAUAUUAUAUAUUCUAAACAUAUUUAAUAUUUUUAUUUUGCAAUUCGUAUCAACAUUUUAUACUGGCUAUUACAAUCAUGAUAAUGAUACAAAUCUUUUGAGAUGUUCUUAUAUGUUAAGUGGUUUAGUUCACAUGCAUUAUACGCAAUUCGAGUUACAACAAUCGGUAAACAACAAUGAUUUUUUUGAUAUAGUUAAUAUAGUUACUAGUUAUAAAAGUUCUGUGUUACGACAAAUAACUUCAUUAUACUAUCAAAAUAAUUCUUUAGUUGGAGCUUUAUGGGUUUUACACUUUUAUUUUAAGGUUAUGUUAUUAUAUUACAGUAACGAGCAAACAAAUUAUUCUUUUAAAUGGAAUAAUGCUAACGAAAUUUUAAAAACUCACAAUUAUGUCAUUAAUAUAUUGAAAUGGGAUGUGUUAGCUCUUAAUUGUCCCAAUGGUAGUGAGUAUGACUUAAGUAAUUUUAAAUUUGAUCAUUACAUUACGCUUAAUUCACAAGAAAGAAAAUUAUUUCGUGAGAAUAAUAUUCAUCAUAUGAUUGUGUUGAUUGAGAACAAUAUAAAUUUAAAUAAGUUUCCAUUUAAUUUCAAAAAGUUUGAAUUGCAUUGGUUACCACUUAAGGUAAAUUCAAAUAUAUUAAGUGGUUUAAUGAAUGAGUAUAAUAUACAAGUAAAAUGGAACAAUGAAGAACAAUUUUUCCGAAAUUGUUUGGAAAAUUAUAAUAAUGUUGCGUUUCUAGAAAAAUGGUCAUAUAAUAAUCUCCAAUCUUAUAAAUUGUAUUAUACGAAUAUUUUUCACCUUUUGAAUGUCAUAAUGUUAAGGCUGACUUGGAAACACUUUUUAUACCUCAAUCAUCAAAAAUUAUCAAAUAUUGUUAAAUUCACUCAGCGCUGGUUAGAAAUAAUGCAAGAUUAUAGUACAUUUUUAUACAUUGAGAAUGUUUCAGCUAUUGAACCUAUCAUGAAAAGUAUUGAGGAUGCUGUCGAUCAUUUUACAAAUAAAACAAAUCAAUGUGCACCAUCAGUAUUAUCGAUGAUUGGCUCUAAUUCUACUUCAAAUAUAAAAACAAAAUUGAAAUCACUAUGCAAUGAGAUAAAUUUUACCGUGAGUGAUGAAUAUGAACUAAAUGGUUUAGAAUCUUCGCUUCUCGUUAGAAGUUCUGCUAGUUCUAAUAAAUCUAAACAACACAAUCCCACUAAAAGUAAAAUAAUAAAGCUUCACAGUUUGGAUAAUACAUACGAUUUUUUAAAUCAUGUAAAAAAAAUGUUCAAAGGCGUGGAUUUUCGUGUUGUCUAUUCUAUUAUAAGCUAUAUUGUUAAACUUUAAUAAUAAAUAACUUUGUUAAAUAUUAAUUUAAUAUUAUUGAAAUUUUCGAGAUUUUUUUUCAUGUAAAAGUAUUUAGAAUUUUAAUUUCAUAUAAAUUUUAAAACACUGUUAACUAUUUAUUGAUAUUUGUCAUUAUAGUAAAUAAACUUAAUAAUCAAAUAGCCAAAAUUAUAAUUAACUUUGAUAUAGCACAUGUUAUGUGCACUGACAAUGUUAAUGAUGAAUAAUCAAUUAGACUUUGAUGUUCAUCACAAAAUAAAGCAACGUAAAUCCAAGUGAAUGGUAAUAGUGUUGGUAAUACUGACUCAAUUUUUUUAUUAUUGAUCUAUUUAUCAUUGACUAUUUAGCUAUACACAUAUUAUAUUUUAUAAUUAUUUAUUGUUAAUUAUGGUUAUAUAUAAAUUUUUAGAUUUUUAAUAAAAAUUUGUUGUAUUUAAAAACUUAA